GGAGUCAGUGCAGCGUGUCACUGGGAGUCUGGGCGAGUCUCGUGCUGCCUUGCAGACGCCGUCGAGCAGCCAGGAUGAGAGCAGCAGCGAUGACAACACCUCUUCUUCUUACUCUUGCUUCUCCAAAGAGACUCAUGCGUGAUUGCUGAGAUCAUCACCCAAGGCGCACAUAUCAUAUAGGAAGUUCAGGUUCUGCAGUGAGAUUUCAUCAAGGUUCUAAAACAGAAGAAGGAAAUGCAUCCUCAGCCGCGCCGUGACCCCUCCAUGUCGGGGAAAGAGCGCAGCCCCCGGCACAGGCCGUGGUCAGUCUACCGGGCCAACACGUUUGAUCUUUCGUCGGAGAUGAUGGGGUUGGCACUGUCAGGAAACAGUCAGGACCCUGACGAGCCGGUGUUAGAGUUCAGUUUAGUCUGCAGUGAACUGAUCACACCCACUGUGGACCGUAAGCCAAGCAGCUUUGUGGCUGUCAGCUGCACCACUCCGCCUCAGGCCUUCUGGACCAAACAUUCGCAAACUGAAAUCAUUGAGGGGACAAGUAACCCCGCAUUCCUGAGCAGCGUGGCCUUCUUCCAGGACUCCCUCGUCACUCAGCAGACCCAGGUCAAGCUCUCCGUCUACGAUGUGAAGGAUCGUUCACAGGGCACGAUGUACAUGCUUGGCUCGGCCAUGUUUUCUUUGAAGGAGCUCCUUCAGGACAAACACCACCGCCUGCACCUGACUCUAAGGUCAGCCGAGAAUGAACGAGUCGGCAACCUCACGGUCAUCGCCUGGCAGAUUGAGGAGAAACGAGAGCACCGAGCUCCGGUUGCCAGACUACAACGAGGAGAUACUGUGAACGGAAGGAUGGUUCUUCCCGUCGAUGAAAGUUUGACUGAAUCCAAAGGCAUCAAGUCCAUGUCUUCAUCACUGUGUAAGGAUCCCCUGCUGAAGGCUGUGUUUGGAGGCGUCAUGUCGCAUAUGUACCGUUUCCCAACCACGGACGGCAACCAUCUCCGUGUCUUAGAGCAAAUGGCUGAGAGCGUGCUCUCCCUGCACAUUCCUCGACAGUUCGUGAAGCUGCUGCUAGAAGAGGACGCCGUCAGGGUGUGUGAGCUAGAAGAACUAGGUGAGCUGUCUCCAUGCUGGGAGAACCUCAGGAGGCAGAUCAUUACUCAGUACCAGACCAUCAUCCUUACAUAUCAGGAGACCAUCAGCGAUCUGCACGAGUACAAAGGACCUUCUUUUAAAUCUAGCACACUGAAAGCCGAACGGAAGUUAGAGUUUAUUCCGACAAAUUUGCACAUCCAGAGGAUGAGAGUUCAUGGAGAAACCGGCUAUGAAUACACAUACGACGUGGUGACCAACGGCGCUCCUGCUGCACACCAUCAAGGCUUUAAAGGGUGCGGCCUCAGGAAACUACUGCACAAGCUUGAGGAGGCCAGAAAACAGUCUUACGAGGAAGAAAGCUCCACCGGGCCAAGAGGAAUGCCGUACCAGCCGCAGGAUGUCGUCAGAGCAAAGGAGCUGAUCGGCCAAAUUAACACACUGAAGACACAAGUGUGUUACUACGUUGAACGUCUGACUAGAGCGGCCAAAGAGCGCUCGGCCAAUGCGCUGGAGAGAACAUUGGCCAUCCUCAAAGACAAAACUCGCCAGUUGGUGAGCGUGUGCGAUUCUAAGCUCUUGUCCUCAGCCAUCAUCGCUCUGACCGCCGCCCGCCCGGAGUCCACCUCAGAAGGCACCCCGUCCCCUUCCUCCUCCCUCUCGCCGUCCUCACGCUCGCCUUCGCGCUCACCUGCUCACCAUCCGUCAUCUCCGUCGCGGACGGCAACCUCGCCCUCCCGCCUAGCCACUCCCCCUGACAGCAUUAACAGCAGUAAAAACAAACGAGCCUCCUUGCAGGCCGACUUGCUCGGAGAGGACUGGGAGAAGGUGUGGCUGAACGUGGACAAAAGUCUGGAGUGUGUAAUCCAGAGAGUGGACAGGUUGCUGCGAGGAGAUCAACUCCAAAGUGACAGCAGCUCCGAUGAUGUAUUCUCAUUGUCUAGUGAGGAUGUCAAAAACACCAAAAAAGUUAGCAGUCCUGAACGGGGAAAAACAUCACCAGGGGAGUGGACUGAGGCCCUACACCCUCUCCUCACCACGUUGAGCGACUGCGCCUCGCUGAUGAGCGACAAAGCCAAAAAAGCCCUGGUGUUCCUCCUCAUGCAGGACAGCGCCCCCACCAUCGCCAUGAGCCUCACGCUGCAGUACCGCCGUGAUGUCGUCUUCUGUCAAACCCUAACAGCUCUUAUCUGCGGCUUCGUCCUCAAGCUGAGGAACAGCCUCUGCGACUCAGGCUUCCUCAAACAGCUCCACACCAUCGGCUUGCUAGUGCAGUACGAGAGCUUGCUCAGCACCUAUGGUGAGGAGCUGGCCAUGUUGGAGGACAUGAGCGUUGGUGUGACAGACUUGAGAAACGUCACCUUUAAAAUCACACAAGCGAGUACGGUCUUUGGCCCUGACAUGCUGCCUGUCAUCACGGGAAACCGGAGUGGCUUUAACGUCAGGGUCCCCAUCCCUGCCGCCAUUUUCGAUAGUCUUCCCCGGGAGAUCCAGAAUGGCAUGUUGCUGCGUGUGCAGCCCAUCCUCUUCAACGUAGGCAUCAAUGAACAGCAAACAAUGGCUGAGAAAUUUGGAGACACAUCUUUACAGGAGGUAAUCAACAUGGAGAGCAUGGGUCGCCUAAGCUUGUACUACGACCACUUUAAGGAGGUGCUAACAGAAGACUGUCUUCCUCGGUCCCGUAGUACAACAAGUCUGCCCGAUCUGCUCAAACAGCUCAAUCACAACAUCAAUGCCAAGAAGAGCAAGAACGUAGAAAUUUUGUGGCAGGCGGCUGAGGCGUGCCGGCGCCUGAACGGUGUGCGCUUCACUAGCUGCAAGAGUGCCAAGGAUCGCACGGCAAUGUCGUUGACCCUAGAGCAGUGUCACAUCCUCCAGCAGGAGCACGCCCUGGCACCCCAAGUCUUCUACCAGGCCCUGGACUGUAUGCGCAGCGAGGGUUGCAGACGGGAGAACACCAUGAAGAACGUGGGAUGUCGCAAAUACGCCUUUAACUCGCUCCAGCUCAAGGCCUUCCCCAAACAAUAUCGUCCCCCGGAAGGCACAUACGGGAAAGUCGAAUCCUAAUUGGAGCAGAAUGACUGAUGAGGACACAAACACCUACAACGCACACAAACACACAGUAACAGUUGCUGUGUUUAGUUAGUCACCAAUAAGGAUAUUUGUUUAUGUCCAAGUGCUACUGUAGGUUGUUUUAUAGUUAUUUUGCUCUUCUCGGUUGUACUAAAAAAAAAACAAAAAAAAAAAACAGGUACGUAGCUACAAAGGAGUAUUAGUGCCACACUGAAAUGAAAACAAAAAAACCCUACAAGGUUAGCAUUAUUUCAAUGAGUUAAGUCAUAUACGUAGUUUCAUAUAUUUUAAAUAACAUGUAUAUAUCUGAAUUGAUUUAACAAGUAAAUUUCUAAACAUGUCUACACAGUCAUCUGAUAUCGUUACCGUAAUUCGCUUCCACGUCUAACUUUAAUUAUGAAAUUAUACAAAUAUAUUGUCAUAUUUCCACUUGAGUCACAAAUACACGAGUUUAUUUUCAUACAUAUACAACAUUAACCCUUGUAUUACAUCCUCGUAAAAUCUCCAUUUAUUCCUGCUAAAAAAGACAAAGUAAGGACAUAUCCUAUAAUUAUUUCUCCUAUUUAAAUCUUGCACACACACAAUUUUAUUCUCAUAAGGUUACAUUUCUUGUAAAAUUCACUUUAAUUUUAAAAACAUACAACUUAUUUUACUGAAAAUACAACAAUCUCGAAAAUAUGUGCCAUCAUUUUCGAAAUACUACAUUUUUAAUCUCAAAAACUUGGAACCUUUAUUCUUUGAGUGUAUUUUUCCCUGUUCAGUGUGGCCCUAAUUCUCCUUACAACGUACAUAGUCGAUCUAAUGAUACACUGCUGGCCAAAAGUAUUGGCACCCCUGCAAUUCUGUCAGAUAAUGCUCAAUUUCUCCCAGAAAAUGAUUGCAAUUACAAAUCCUUUGGUAGUAAUAGCUUCAUGUAUUUUGCUUGCAAUGAAAAAACACACAAAAAAAAAAGGGGAAAAAAAUUAAAUCAUUAUCAUUUUACACAAACCUCCCAAAAUGGGCCGGACAAAAGUAUUGGCAUCCUUUGAAAAAUCAUGUGAUGCUUCUCUAAUUUGUGUAAUUAACAGCACCUGUUACUUACCUGUGGCACAUAACAGGUGGUGGCACUAACUAAAUCACAUUUCCAGCCAGUUAAAAUGGAUUAAAGUUGACUCAACCUUUGUCUGUGUCCUUGUGUGUACCACAUUGAGCAUGGAGGAAAGAAAGAAGACCAAAGAACUGUCUGAGAACUUGAGAAGCAAAAUUGUGAUGAAACAUGGGCAAUCUUAAGGCUACAAGUCCAUCUCCAAAGAGCUGAAAUUUCCUGUGUCUACCGCAGAGGUUGCGCUAGACUUUUUCGCUGUCUGUCAUUUUGACUGACAGGGUCAUAAAAAUCCGGUCAUUAUCUAUUUUUACCUGUCACUUAAAUUUUUAAAAUGAUAAUAAUGACAUAUUCAAUAGUAUUUAGUUUUCAUUCAUUUUUAAUUAAUAUUCUGUCCGAACAAGCUUAACAGAGAAUCCACACCGUGCCAUCACACAUCAUGCAGAUGAAUAUGUAACUUUUUCUCCGCAGUGACAAAAACAGCUGACUGUGGCCCCAGUAGGUAGGCUACAUAUGGAACAAUGAAAUUAACAGUUCACCUGCUGUGGCCUGAACGCAGUCUCACACUUUCCACCUGGUGCGCAUGGACUUGAAUUGCGUGCCCGCUUGUGCAUAAUCAAAUAUCUCAAGAAGAAACUUUUUUGAAGAAACUCCGAGUAAGGCCAACGACGUCAUGCAUCAAGAGAGACAAUAGCUAAUUAAUAUGCUCACUCGCCACCCUGUGGUCUGGGGUGUGAAUUGCAACCUGUCAAAAUGACAGAUGGACUUCAGUUUUUUCCGUCACCGUUUUAAAAAAUCGGUCAACGACGGAAAAUAUUCGGUUAACGCGACCCCUGGUCUACCGUGCGCAAUGUCGUCAAUAAGUGUAAAGCCCAUGGCACUGUGGCUAUCCUCCCUAGGUAUGGACGGAAAAGAAAAAUUGACAAGAGAUUUCAACGAAAGAUUGUGCGGAUGGUGGAUAAAGAACCUCGCCUAACUUCCCAAAAAGUUCAAGCUGUCCUGCAGUCCGAGGGUACAACAGUGUCAACCCGUACUACUCGUCGGCGUCUGAAUGAAAAGGGACUCCAUGGUAGGACACCCAGGACGACCCCACUUCUGACCCAGAGACAUAAAAAAGCCAGGCUGGAGUUUGCCAAAACUUACCUGAGAAAUCCAAAGACGUUUUGGAAGAAUGUUCUCUGGUCAGAUGAGACAAAAGUAGAGCUUUUUGGGAAAAGGGUUCAACAUAGAGUUUACAGGGAGAAAAGAACACGGUCCCCACAGUCAAACAUGGCGGAGGUUCCCUGAUGUUUUGGGGUUGCUUUGCUACCUCUGGCACUGGACUGCUUGACCCUGUGAAUGGCAUUAUGAAGUCUGAAGACUGCCAACAAAUUUCGCAGCAUAAUGUAGGGUCCAGUGUGAGAAAGCUGUGUCUCCCUCAGAGGUCAUGGCUCAUCAAGCAGGACAAUGACCCAAAACACACUUCAAAAAGCACUAGAAAAUGGUUUGAGAGAAAGCACUGGAGAAUUCUAAAGUGGCCAGACCUGAAUCCCAUAGAACACCUGUGGAGGGAUCUGAAAAUGGCAGUUUGGAGAAGGCACCCUUCAAAUCUCAGAGACCUGGAGCAGGUGGCUUAAGAAGAAUGGUAUAAAAUUCCAGCAGAGCAUUGUAAGAAACUCACUAAUGGAUACCGGAAGCGGUUGUUCGCAGUUAUUUUGUCUAAAGCUUGUACUACCAAGUAUUAGGCUGAGGGUGCCAAUACUUUUGUUCGGCCCAUUUUUGGAGUUUUGUGUAAAAUGAUGAUUUUAAAAAAAUGUUUCAUUCUCUUUGGUGUUUAUUCAUUGCAAGCAAAAUAAAUGAAGACAUUCCUACCAAAGCAUUUGUAAUUGCAAUCAUUUUCUGGGAGAAAUUGAGCAUUAUCUGACAGAAUUGCAGGGGUGCCAAUACUUUUGGCCAGCAAUGUAUUUGUUUCUUUCUCUUCCUCUAAAAUGCCACAAAUGAUGAUUAAAUGAGUGAAUGUGAAGGAAAACCGAUUGUGAGUCAGCUACAUGAAAUGUUACAAGCGCACCAGUUGUGAAUUGAGUAUUACAGUAUUUGUGCACUGGAAGCUCCUGUAGUAUGUCUCUUUACUUGCAGGAUAAAAACCAUGCAGCAUGGAUUGGUUCGAUAUGCCAGUUUAAAAUGAUUUAUGCACUACGCAAAAGAAAAUGUAUGUGAGAUUUAAAAAAAAAAAAAAAAAAAAAAGACAAUUGUUCCUGUUAAACAUUGACUGUAUUGUGCUUUAUCACCUCCUCUGUUGCUGCCAACCAGGUACUGUGUGUUUUAUUGUACUGUAUCAACAAACACUACCAAUUUUAUUUCAGGAAUUAGUUUUGCUUGAAGCUGCGUAUGUUCAUGUGUGUGAUUGGCAUUAACCCUAGGGCACUCAUUUAACUCACUGGCUGCCAUUGAUGGGGCUAGACGUCCAAUCCAUUUUGACUCCUAGUCAAAAGCAUUCACAGCCAGUCCCCCCAGUUUAAAUGAAUUUGACAUCUAUCAUUGUCAAAGGCAGUCAAUGAGUUACUAUGAUUUUUUUUUUUUUUUUUAAAGUCAACUCUAGAGUUUUAUUAGGGGCCAUAACCAGAGUGCAGUUCUGCUUUUAAAUUCAUUUUAAUGUGAUUAAUUUUUCAUUAACAUUUAAUAAAUCAAAAUAUAUAUGUUUUUAGAAUUGAGACUUGACAUCCACAUAUGUGGACAUUGCAUUUUGGGUCAUGUAUCCCACACUUGUUAUGAUGUCAUGUAGCCCACACUUGUUUGGAUGUUAAUAUUAUGGCCUUUAUAGGGUUAAGCUUUUUUUUUUUUGGUUUGUUUUUUGUUUUUUUUUAAAUAAAGGGUUUAAUUUAGUUCCAUGCACAAAGAUGGUAAAAGUUGUUGAUGAAUAAAAGAUAGUCAACUCCCCCAAAUGUUUUUGAUAUAAUUAUUCAUUUCUUGGAAAUUCUAUCAAUGACACUUGCCUUGAACGCAUCCUCAUUAAAAUAUGCAAAAAGUCUAUAUUAUAAUUGUAUUUCAGUGGUUCCCAGCCAGAGCUAUAUGAUCCAAUUUCACUUAUUUUAUAGUAAAAUACAUAGAAGGGCGUGGGUUUGCAUAGGGAUGGUAGGGACAAAACACACAACUUUUCAGGAUGCUCAGAAUGUCCCCACCAACUUUUAAGCAACCUUAUUUGCAUUAUACAAUGAGUUCAGUUAUAUCGGUAAUUUAGAUUGUCUUCCCCUAUGUUCUAGGGAUAGAACAGACCCUACCAUUAUUAAGUGAAAUAUUUUAAUUAUGUUCAGACACUUACCACCAGGGGUGAAAGUGGGCUAGAACGGUCAGGAACGCAGUUCCCGUAUAAGAUU